UUUUGGCAACAAUGAUAAUAAAUUUGACUUUUUAUUAUUUGUACCUGAUUUGUUUGCCUUCUUGUUCCCAUGUUCCAUUUCUAAAUAGUUCAAUAUUCUCCAAGGAAGAUGUCUAUAUUUAAUUAAUUUUAGGUCUUAAUAACAAUCUUUAAAGCUAAUGUAUAGAUUUAGUUAUUUUGUUUAGUUUAUGGCGGCUCUGAAAUCAUGGCAAAUAUAGCAGUUCAACGUAUCAAGCGAGAAUUUAAAGAAGUUGUGAAAAGUGAAGAGGCUGCAAAAUGUGCAAUAAGUGUUGAAAUAGUAAAUGAUACCUACACUGAAUUGAGAGGAGAAAUUGCAGGUCCUCCUGAUACUCCAUAUGAAGGUGGCACUUAUGUGUUAGAAAUAAAAGUGCCAGAAACUUAUCCUUUCAAUCCACCUAAGGUUCGAUUUGUCACCAAAAUAUGGCACCCAAAUAUUAGCUCAGUAACUGGUGCAAUUUGUUUAGAUAUAUUAAAAGAUCAAUGGGCUGCAGCCAUGACUCUCCGUACUGUUUUAUUGUCUCUACAAGCUUUGUUAGCUGCAGCUGAACCUGAUGAUCCACAAGAUGCUGUAGUUGCAAAACAGUAUAAAGAAAAUCCUGACUUAUUUAAACUAACUGCUAGGCACUGGGCUCAAGCAUAUGCUGGAGCUCCAAAAUCCCCGUCGGACUUUGAUGAUAAAAUAAAAAGACUUCAAGAUAUGGGAGUUGAAGAACAUAAUGCACGUGUGGCCUUAUCUUCUUGUUCCUGGAACCUGGAGAAGGCAACAGAAACACUUUUCAGCUAGGGAUGCUGACCCCCCACUCAACUCAUUGACUAUACAUUAUAUAUAUAUAUGCUCUUUUAAGCACUACUUCAACAAAAUCCCAUUUCUUUUUUUUAAUUUUACGUUUUGUGGGGAGAUCUAUCAAUAGAAUUGUUGUACAGUUUGUUUUGCUUUUUACCAUGUAUUUAUACCUAGACUUAUGAUUUUUGCUGUGCAUGGACACUCUAAUGAGACUGCCUGUUGCAUCACAAAUCAGUUUGAUUGUUAAUAUUUAUUUCUGAAUAAAUUUGUCAUUUCCUUUUUGUAAAAUUCAAAAUGAAAUGACUUGAUUAUA